GAAGGUGUACAUGGACUACAACGCAACCACACCCCUGGAACCGGCCGUCAUCCAAGCCGUGACCGAAGCCAUGCGGGAAGCCUGGGGGAACCCCAGCAGUGCUUACCCAGCAGGUAGAAAGGCCAAGGAGCUCAUCGAUGCGGCUCGGGAGAACCUUGCGAAGAUGAUAGGCGCGAAGCCCCAGGACAUGGUCUUCACCUCGGGGGGCACCGAGUCAAAUAACUUAGUCAUUCAUUCUGCGGUGAAACACUUCCGAGAAGACCAAGCCUCGAGGGGGAACGCAGCUGGGCACCCAAGCCUGAUGGAGGGGGCCGUGCCGCACGUGGUCACCUGCACGGUGGAGCACGACUCCAUCCGGCUGCCGCUGGAGCACCUGGUAUCGGAACAAGUAGCCGCAGUCACCUUCGUCCCAGUGUCCCCGGUGCACGGGCGGGCAGAAGUCGAGGACGUCCUGGCGGCCGUGCGCCCGACCACAUGCCUCGUGACCAUCAUGCUGGCCAACAACGAGACGGGCGUGGUCAUGCCUGUCCCUGAAAUCAGUCAGCGGGUUCGAGCCCUGAACCAGAAGCGGGCGGCUUCGGGGCUGCCUCGCAUCCUGGUGCACACAGACGCGGCACAGGCCCUGGGGAAGCGGCGCGUGGACGUGGACGACCUGGGCGUGGACUUCCUCACCAUCGUGGGGCAUAAGUUCUAUGGUCCCAGGAUCGGUGCCCUGUACGUACGAGGGCUCGGCGAGCUCACCCCCCUGUACCCCAUGCUGUUUGGAGGUGGACAAGAGCGGAAUUUCAGGCCCGGGACAGAGAACACCCCAAUGAUUGCCGGCCUGGGGAAGGCCGCUGAGCUGGUGACCCAGAACUGUGAGGCUUACGAGGCCCACAUGAGAGACGUCCGCGAUUACCUGGAGGAGAGGCUGGAGGCCGAGUUCGGCGAGAGAAUCCACUUGAACAGCCGGUUCCCGGGGACCGAGCGGCAGCGUGGGGGCCGCAUGCCACUCGGACCAUGGGGACCGGCCGUCCCCGAUUCUGCUGAGCUGUGGCAUCCCUGCUGACGUGGCCAAGAAUGCACUCCGGCUCAGCGUAGGCCGCAGCACCAGCAGGGCAGAGGUGGACCUGGUGCUGCAGGACCUGAAGCAGGCGGUGGCCCGGCUGGAGGGCCCGGCCUAGUGCCGAGCGCUUCCUUGCUGGAGCUGACGAGGACAGCCUUGGCCACAGCGCUCAUCGGAGGCCUCCAGAGCAUCAUCCCAUCUGAGGCCGGCUCUUCUCCCUGUCUUCCUCUCCUGGGACGACUGGGUUUGCGGCGUGGCACAGGCUUCCUCCCUGGCUCUGGUCCGCCUGGUGCACAGACCCCACAGGGGCCUCACAGACCCAGGCCCUACGCAUAGGACACUCCUGUCUGCUGCUGCAGGACCCCGACAGGUGAAGUGGAAAAGCUUUGGCCACAUCUGCACAGGGAACUGGGGGCCUGCCCCAGGCGUUUCUGUCCAGAAGAGGAACCCCAAGUAUUUUUAGGAAUACCCAAAUAUUUGUCAGCUCGUUGUGGUCAUGAAAUAGGAAACCUGAUUUCUGA